UCUGCUCCUCAGCCACAAAAACAUCUUCAGAAAUGGAUGGAGCCUGGGUCUACCUGGUGACAGGAGGAUGUGGCUUUGUGGGGGAGAGGAUCGUAGAGCUCCUGUCUCAACAAGAUUACAUCAAAGAAGUCAGAGUUUUUGAUUCAGUAGCAAGAGAAGAAGUAGAAAAAUACAGCACAGGCACCACUCGUGUGACAAUGACGAGAGGAGACAUCAGAGAGCCUGGUGCAGUGCUGGCUGCCAUGCAGGGCGUGCACGUGGUGCUGCACACUGCUGCCCUGGUGGACUACAGGGGCUCGGUGCCCUUCUGGGAGCUCAGAGCUGUCAACGUCGGGGGUACUGAAAACGUGUUAAGGGCCUGCUGUGCCCUGAGCAUCCCCUACCUGCUCUACACCAGCUCCAUCGCUGCCGUGGGACCCAACACCUCCCGUGAGCCCCUGGUCAGAGGGGAUGAGGACACCGCGUACAGCGGGGAAGUGGAGCUGCCCUACGGGAAGACAAAAGCCAUGGCGGAAAAGAUUGUGCUUGAAGCCAACGGAAAAAAGCUGAGCAGUGGUGGCACACUCAGAACCUGCAUCAUCCGUGCCAACACGGUGUAUGGGGAGAAGGCAGCGUUCCUGCAGGAGCUCUACCUGCUCACCAGGGCCAGCAAGGGGGCUCUGAACUACCUGGAGCCCGAGCACACCGAGCGCAAUCACACCUACGUGGGCAAUGUGGCGUGGAUGCACGUGCUUGCAGCAAGGAGCCUGCAGCUGGAGCCAGAGCUGCUGGCAGGACAGGUGUAUUACUGCUACGAUGACACCCCGAGCAGGAAGGGUUUCCUGGUCAGGCUGCAGCUGCUGUCCAGUGCAGACCCCUCGGUGAGGCUGGGCUCACACAUCCCCUACUGGAAGAUGUGGCUGAUGAUCCAGCUGCACAGGGUCAUCAGGGCCAUGCUGUUCCCUUUCUGGAGGCCACAGCCUUUCCUCAGCGUGCCCCUGCUGAACACCAUCGUCACCUCCUUCUCCUUUGAGACAGACAAGGCUGCCAGGCAUUUCGGGUACAAGCCUCUCUUCACGUGGGAGGAGAGCAGGCUCAGGACUGCACAGUGGCUGAAAGCAGCUGCAGGGAGCCCUGCACCCCCCCAGCUGCACGAAAAGAUGAACUAAGCAGCACUUUUGGGGUAAGGAGGGAGGUUAUCACAGCAGCAGGUUUCACCUGAGCUUCACAACCUGCAUGGAGCUUUGGCAGGAGCUUUGCAAACAGAAAUCCUGGUACAGAGAAGGAGAAAAACUCACAGGCUGCAAGUCAUACCCUUGCCAUGCCAAAAUCUCAGCUAUUUUGUGUCGCUGUCUGAUUAGGAACAGCAAAUAAUGCAGCAACACGACUCCUUCCAAGCAGCAAGAAGGGAUUUAUUGAAAAGCCAUGGCAUUUAUAUAGGAGAGACUGUGAAAAACAAAGGAGAAAAGACUCAGUGGUCCAAGGAGGCAACACCUCUUUGAAAACAUGCUUUAUGCAAAAUAUCAUGAGACACUCACAUGGCUUGGUGGUCAACAGGUGUUUAUCUGUGUUGCUCUUUCUUCCUUCCUUCCCUCGUUUUGUCUCUGAGAAAGAUCCCCAGCCUAGAGGUCUGGGCUGAAGCUGAGAAAGACAACAGCCUGGGAAAAAUCCAGAUUGGAUUUUUCCACAAGCCUUCAGCAGUGUCCAGAAUUUUGGGCUGUUUGGGCAUCUGAAACCUUCCCUGCACACACACACACACAGGGUUUGCUGCCUCCCUCAUCCCACGGUGCCAGCACUGCAAGGUGACCUGUGGGAGCAGAGGGAACAAGCUCAGGUGGAGAUGGUGGCCAGCAAACCCCUUUGUGGCAAAAUCAGUGAGCCAGUUUUGCUGCACAGCCUGGGGAGCCACGGUCUCAGACAUUUGGUGGGGCAGCUGUACCUGGCUCAGACACUGAAGGGCUCUUCAGUGAUAGCUUUGGGGAGGACAAGUAAAACCCAGCAGGUUCUUGCUCUGAUUCAGGGUUUAAUAAAAAGAAAAUAUACAUAUUCCCUUUUCCAAAACUGCCUUUUGUAAGAUGCUUCCUGUUAUUCUUUACAUGUGGAAUACUGAAUAUCUAUUUUGAAAUAUUAUCCCUAUAAAAGAAAAACCUCCGUUCUUUUGUCCUAACAAGGGAUAGACUGAUUUACCUUUUAAUUGGAUGGAUGGAGAACUGAUUUCUGCAAGCUUGAAGGUGGGAUUCAUGUAGUUUGUACCUCCAAACCUCUUACCACAGAGCACUGCAGUGGCAAAGCAAAGCAGAUUAAAGCCCAUGUUCAGCUGCUGUGCUGGCAGAAAGCAACUUCAAGUGAAGGCCUUAGGGGCUACAUUUAUGCUAAACAACGUUUGAACUCCAGGAGGAAGAGGUCAUUUCAGCUCCUUCCACGGCACUGGAGCUGCACAGCCCAUCUGGGAGCAGCAUUUCACAGAUGAGAUUUUCCUCACACUGGUGGGGCGGGCACUUCCAGGAAAUUCACAGCAAAACUGUGGUUCCUAUCAGUUUAUCAGCUUCUCUGUUUUUAAGACUUGCAGAGAGGCUGGUAAAUCCACAUUAUGCACAACGGAGAUCUCCGUUUUCACUUGA